AUGUCUCUGCAUACGCCUCACGAUAUUCCCCUUCAAAUCACUGUCCCAAGCGAAGCUGCUGGCGCUUCGCCCCUCGUCUCCUCCGAGCGACGCGUUACUCCAUCAUGGACGAUUAGCCAUCUGAAGACGAAACUGGAGCCCAUCACUGGCAUUCCUUCCACCUCGCAGUCACUCCGCACACGCAGCCUCGACGGAACAUGGAUCCAACUCGACGACGAAGACUCCAUCGUUGGCGACGCGCGCUACAGCCUCCGCCGCGGCGCCGAGAUAGAGGUCCAGGACCUCCGCCCACCUCACCUGCGCGCCACCACCAAUUUCGACGACCCCACCGUUGACAAGUACGUCAUGCCGGAAACCGCCUACGCGGCCCUUCCCAACACCGUCCUCUCCUGGAAGAAGAACCAGAAGCUCGGCCGCUUCGACCCCUCGGCACCUAGCGCCGCGGACCUCGCGUCUUCCCGCCUGUCGCACGACUCGGCGCUCGUGCAGAGCAAGGGCAUCAAGGUGGGCGAGCGUUGCCGCGUAGGCGCCGACGACGGGCGGCGUGGCGUUGUGCGCUUCGUGGGAGAGAUUCCCGGCCUAGGCGGGGAGCGUGAGGCCGGGUGCGUCUGGGUGGGCGUGCAGUUGGACGAGCCAGUGGGGCGAAACGAUGGAAGCUGCAAGACCAGGCGCGUGUUUGAGUGUGGUGACAAGUAUGGCGUGUUUGCGCGGCCGGAGAAGAUGGAGGUUGGGACCGAGUGGGGCGUGCUGGAUGAUCUGGGGGACGAGGAUAUGGAGGAGAUAUGA